CUAGAACCCUAUCUUUUCGAUGAGUUUUGAUUUCUUCAAUAAAUACAUAUAUAUUAUUCGGAUUUCUGUAGUAAAAGUAAUAAAAAUACAUUGAUAAUGGUCGACAUUCUAACCAAUUAAAUGGGAUAAAAGAAUAUUUAGUUGUACAGUACAAGUCACCAAUGCAUGGUACCUACCAUUAGCCUUUUCUUCUUUUGUUGCCUUUUCUAGCUGCUUCAACAACACUUGUCCUUCUACCUCUCUCUCUCUCUCUGACAACUGAACUCUACAAACCCCAAUCUUCGCAUUCAUCUCUAUUCGGAUUUCCUUAAAGAAAUUGAUUGGCGGUUUUGAUCGAAGAUGGGAUCUGGAGCUGGCAAUUUACUCAAGCUCAUCGCUCAGAACUUUGACAUUCUUGCCGGCCCGGUGGUUAGUCUGGCAUAUCCUCUAUAUGCAUCAGUGAGAGCAAUAGAGACUAAAUCUCCAGUCGAUGAUCAACAAUGGCUUACAUAUUGGGUUUUGUAUUCCAUGAUUACACUCUUUGAGCUAACUUUCGCUAAACUCAUUGAAUGGAUCCCAUUUUGGUCAUACGCAAAGCUGAUUGUAACAUGCUGGUUAGUGAUACCAUACUUCAGUGGUGCUGCAUAUGUUUAUGAGCAAUAUGUUCGACCUUUUUACAAUGGAAAACAAACGAUUAACAUUUGGUAUGUUCCAAGAAAGAAAGAUGUAUUCAGUAAACCAGAUGACAUUUUAGUUGCUGCUGAAAAAUACAUUCAAGAAAAUGGUCCAGAUGCAUUUCAAGAAAUCAUCCAUCGUUCUGAUAGGGAAGUGAGGUAUAGAGGUAGUAGCAACAUCUUUGGUGAAGAUGAUCACAGAUUUUGAGGAUUUGGAAGAGGAGUUUGUCUUUGUGUUGAUUGUUAUAUGAUAUGAUAUGGUAAUGUUUGAGUGUUAACCAUGUUGAUGUUGUAGGUUUCUUAAAUUUGAUCCUAGAAAUAUUGUUCUUUUUGGUUUGUGUAUAUUGGGUUGACUUUUAUGCACAUAUUUCUUAAUAACACAUUAUCUGUUUUGACUUCCACAUUAUGCUAUUUGUUGACUUGCGUAUGAUGGGAUUGGACAAAAUUCAAUUGGAUAAACUUUUUGGAGCUAAUUUUUAUGGUGAUGGUGAAAAGGGUAUUCAUGUUUUUCGCACAUAUGAGAGAAUCGGAAUACGUGAUUGUGAUACUUUUUUGGGUGGUAUUCAUGUCUUUUUGAUUAAGAACAAGUUCUUGUCAUACUUUUUUAGGUG